GUCAUCGCGACUCUUUGCCCUCCCCUUCUCCUGACCCUCCUUCAUCCAUCCUCCGUAGGUUUUAUAUACCCUCCCCCCCCUUCCCUUCGUUUGUCCCCUCCUGCUCUCCGCCCUCGCCAGCAGCAGGAGUAUUCUUACCAUGGCGGCUUCAAUCUCGCCGUCGGUCAUUGUGACCCAAAUACAGAACUAUCUCGGUACCAACGAGACAACCGCAGACGCUCUUUUCAAUUCCCCAGCUGUCACUGCCAUUGGCACCUACAAAUGGUUCAUUGGCACAGGCAUCUUCGUCCUGGUCACUGCCAUUCAGUUCAUCAGGUAUCUGCUCAAGGACAGACCUCCCCCAGGCUUGAAGUUGAUCCCAGGCCCAACCUCAACCAUCCCCUACAUUGGACGCGUCCACGAUGUCGACCCCAACUGCCCAUGGUUCGCCAUGAAGAAGUUCGCUGACGAGUAUGGUGGUAUCUUCCGUUCCACCAUCUGUGGUGAGAUGCACAUCUGGGUUGGAAACCCCGACAUCGCCUAUGACCUCCUUUGCAAGAAGGCCAGAAUCUACUCUUCUCGACCCGAGGUUGCUGCAGUCCCAGGAAGUGACUCUCAGGGCCAAUACCUCCCUCUCCUUGAGCAUGGCGAACACUGGCGCAACCAGCGCAAGUUCGCCCACACCGUCCUGACCGCCGGAUUCAACCAAAAGUACUAUGGUUACAUUAGCCACGAGGCUAAGCGAUUCCUCUACAAGCUCCUCCUUGAUCCCAAGGACCACUUUGCUCUCACCGAUCGCUUCUGUGGUCGCAUCAGCGCCCGUCUCGGCUAUGGUCACCCUGAAUCCGCUGCUGCUCACUGCAAAAACGCUGGUGAAUUCAUUCCUCAGAUCUCUCCCUCUGGUUCAAUCACCAAUCUGAUGCCCUUCCUCGGUGGUCUUCCCGAAUGGCUGAACCCCUCCAUUGCCAAAGUUCGCAAGCGACGUGAAAAGGAAGAAAAGCUAUGGAAAGGUCUGAUGAAACAAGUCUCCCAAGAAAUCGAAAACGGAACAGCUCCAAUCAGCUAUGCCAAAACCUACUUUGAGCGCAAGCAAGCAGAAAGCGGCUCUCGUUCCUUCGGUUUUGACGACCAUGAAGCUGCAUAUGCCGUUGGCAUGUUAGUCACUGUCGCCAUCUUCACCAUCGGUGGUCCACUCUACUGCUUCUUCCUCGCCAUGGUUCUCCACCCUGAAUGGCAAGAAAAGGUACGCAACGAAUACGAUGAGGUCAUUGGUGACCGUGUCGUCGAGGUUACUGAUGCCCCUAAUCUACCUCUUCUCCGUGCCUGUAUCAAGGAGUGUGUCAGAUGGCGACCCCCGGUCCCCUUGGGCGUCCCCCGUCUUCUGGAAGAGGAUGACGAGUGGAAUGGUUACUAUCUACCCAAGGGUGCUGUGAUCCACGCCAUUGAUCUUGCCCUAGCCCGCAACCCCAAGCUAUACCCAGAUCCAGAAACCUACAACCCAGCUCGCUGGCUUGAACCAGAGUACCCCACCUACAAGGAGCCUCUCACUGAGCACCCACGACUUAUGGGUCACCACGGUUUCGGCAUGGGUCGCCGCAUGUGCCCCGGUAUCGAGGUUACCGAAGCCGAGCUUCUCGUUGCCUGCGGCAGCAUAGUUGGCUGCUUCGAGCUCAAGCCCUAUAUGGAUGCCAACGGUCAGCCCAAGUGGCCCGCGAGCUACAAUUUCACUCCCAACGUGAUUGGUGGUCCCCUCCCCUUCGAGAUGGAUGUCAAAGUCCGAAGCCCCGAGAAGGCCUCUCGCAUCAAGGUGUGGUACGAAGAGAGCGUGGCUGAUGAGGCGGCUGGCAAGCUCGCUGCUGGUCUCUAAAUAAUGGUUAAAGCCAUGGCGGUGUAGUUGACGUUGACGGUGUAUUGAUGACCGGUGGGGAGAUUCCAGAACUGGUGUUUGACUGAGCAAGGGUCCUGUACAGAUUAUUCCCCAGGGGGAUCCUGCACCCUCAGGAUAUUUUUCUUUUAGCGCUUUUUGGAUUGGAUUUUGGACAAUCGGGUACCUCAUGCAUACAUAUAUUAUUAAAACAUGAAUUUCCUUCAAUUCUUCCUCUUUACCGUACGGUCCAUCUAGCUAUCCUCCC